CGACGACGACGACCACACCUGAGUACGCGGCCGGUCAAUAUGUCUGAUCGACGACGGGCUGAGAUAGAGGCCAAGAAGGCCAAACUCGAAGAACUUCGAAGGGCACGAGCGGAACGACAGCGCGCAGAGACAGAGCGGCGGGCUUCAGAACAAGCAGCCGCAUCCCCAGCUAAACAACGCGAUGUCGAAGAUCUGGUCAAUAUGUUGGUUGGCAGCCCCAGGCGGAGUGGCCGGACGAGUGGUGAUUUGACGCCGUCCGAGUCGAUCCCGGGGACCCCUGCGCUUUCGCAUACGAUUCAGUUACCUGGGCCGUCUGGUCUUUCGGGAUCGGGACGGGUUAGUAGGCAGAGUGAUUUUGCGUCUGAGAGGGUCUUCUCGGGUGCUGGGACGCAGUCUGUGUCAAGCAAUGCGACGGAUAAUGUCAUGGAGAUACAGAUCACACCGCGCUCGUAUACGGACCUUAUUGAUGUUGAGCAGGAACUAUUCGAGUUGCCGCAAAAGGAGCGCGUUAUCUAUAACAAAGAAGUUCAAACGACUGCAGUUGACGAGGGGGUUUCUCCAGAUUAUGAGGAAGAGAUACGACAGCGGAUACUACGCGAGCGGGAUGCUGAGGCGGAACGGAUUGCUAGAGACAAAGAGCUGGAGGAGGAGAGUGUUAAGUUGGAUCAGGAGAUUGAGGCUGAGAUUCGAGAGUUGACUGAGGAAGAACGAGCGAGCAUCCUUACUGCCCCAGAGUUCCUUGAUUUCGUGGAACAAUCGUCCAAGAUCUUGCAAAGAGCUCUGAACGACAACUAUGAUUAUACUCGUGACUAUACCAUUGGUGCUGAAGCCGGAGGAGAUGAUACGGAAGGAAAACGCGUGAAGCGUGUUUGUGAAUUCUUCGACGAACGGUUAGGCAAGAAUCGUUCAAUAACAGAUAUCGAUUGGUCGCCCAAGUAUCCAGAACUGAGCGUUGCUUCGUACAAUAAAAACGGAAGUGCUCUCAAUGAACCUGACGGUAUCGUCGCCGUGUGGAACCUUCACCUGCUUGAACGACCAGAAUUUGUGUUCCACUCACAGUCUGACGUUCUGACCGUGACGUUCUCGCCCUUCCACUCAAAUCUGAUCUUCGGAGGGACGUAUUCUGGGCAGAUCCUUCUUUGGGAUACUCGAUCGAAACACCUCCCUGUCCUGAAGACACCGCUCUCUGCUGCUGGGCACACACAUCCUGUGUAUGCCAUGCGCAUGGUCGGUACUCAGAACGCGCACAAUUUGAUUACCAGCAGUUCCGAUGGUACUGUCUGCAGCUGGCUAGUUGACAUGCUUGCGCAGCCCCAGGAAACACUGGAACUACUUCACACCGGACACAACAAGACCAGCGAAGUCGCGAUCACGACACUCGACUUCCCGGCGAACGAAACCACCACUUUCUGGGUUGGAACUGAAGAAGGCAGCAUCUACCAAGCCAACCGCUACGACCGCGCCGGUGCAAAGGCAGGCUUGAAUCAGAACGACGUUUACAAAGGCCACCACGGCCCCGUUCUAGGAUUGGACUUCCACCCUUCCAACGGCCCCGUCGACUUUUCGGACCUCUUCUUGACGAGUUCCGUGGAUUGGACGGUGAAGUUGUGGCGGGCCAAAUCGUUAACGAAGCCGUCUACCGCUGCACACCACCUACCACCGCUUUAUUCGUUUGAUGAAGCUGAUGAUUAUGUGUACGAUGCGAAAUGGCAUCCUGCUCAUCCGGCAUUGUUUGGUACUGUGGAUGGGUCGGGCAAGUUUGAUCUCUGGAAUUUGAAUGCUGAUACUGAGGUCCCCGUGGCUUCCACGAUCGUCGGCUCCGGCCGUGGGUUGAACAAGCUCCAGUGGGACAGGAAGGAAGGGCGGCGCGCUGCUCUCGGUGGCAGCGACGGGCAUCUAUACAUCUACGAUAUCGGCGAUAUGGCUAUUCCUCGGGAAACGGAGUGGACGGAUUUACAAAAGGUUAUCGCGGGUAUGGUGGGUGGGCAGGCGAGUGUGCCUGUUGUGGAGGAUUUGUCUUCUUCGAGGAUGGGCAGGUGA